CUUCGUGCGCCUGAUAACGCUUAGGAGUGACUACGAACAGCAUGGCUGCAGUAAAUAACGUUAGUUUAACAAAGUUACAAUCCUUAAACGGCGUAUUCGCCAUAUAUAAGAAAUCGGGACCCACGUCUGCAGACGUGUUAAACACACUGAAACAAAAGCUGUUAAAAGAGGCUGGUGUAGAUAAAGUGAACCCUAAAAAAAGGAAGAAACAGGCUAUCAAACUGGGACAUGGUGGGACUCUGGACAGCUCUGCUUCUGGUGUUCUGGUGGUUGGUAUGGGUGACGGGACAAAGAUGCUCACCUCCAUGCUUUCUGGAUCAAAGAAAUAUACAGCUGUCGGAGAGCUGGGUAAAGCAACAGAUAGCUUCGACGCUACAGGAGGUGUCGUUCAGGAAAAAAGCUACGAUCACAUAACGAGAGAGUUGUUUGAAGAGAAGCUGAAGCAGUUCACUGGUGAAAUCAUGCAGGUGCCCCCUCUGUACUCAGCACUGAAAAAAGAUGGCAAGCGCCUUUCUACCUUGAUGAAGGAAGGUCAUAAUGUGGAAGCUAAGCCAGCACGACCAGUUACAGUUUACAGCCUCUCGUUACAAGACUUUAAUCCCCCACUUUUCACUUUGGACGUUGAGUGUGGUGGAGGGUUUUAUGUCAGAAGCCUGGUGGAUGAUCUGGGAAAAGCGUUGUCCUCAUGUGCUCAUGUACGAGAGCUGACCCGGACAAAGCAGGGCCAGUUCACUCUACAAGAACAUGUGUUAAGGGAGGAACGCUGGACCUUCCAGGACAUUUCUGAGGUAUUACAGCCCUGCCCAAAGCCUGCCGUUGUGCAAAAAGCGAGCAAAAAAAGCAAAACGCAGGACGCCACCUCCCACCUCAGCUCUGAACCUGCUACAAAAGAUCUCCAGCAUAGCAGGCACGAUCCUGAUGGUGAAGACCAUAAACGCAGCACUGAUUAAAGAGCACUCUGUUGGUGGGGGAAAAAACUGUGGUUUCUGAACCUUUAUGUUCAUUCUGUUGAUUUGUGAUUACUUUGUUAAGUGCUUAACUGAGUGGCAACAAACAAAUUGUCCUGUAAUCCUGCAGUGAGUAAUGAAGAGACUCAGCUUCACCACAUCAAAAAGCCCUUUUGAGUUGCUCAAGAAUUCCUUAUAGUUUUAUAACAAUGUUCUGUUGGCUGCCAUCGACAUGUUCCACAGGCACUGAUAUUUGUUUUUCCUGAACCUCAGUCAAUUUGUGGCAAGGCUAAACUGCUCUGUAUUUUUAUGGCCAUGCGCCAUUUGGCAGCUUUUUGUGGUUGUUAUGGUGUAUCAGAGGAACCGACAUACUUGCUCUGUUUUUCCCACUUCUUGAAAAUAAUAGUCUGCCACAGAGGUGCUGACCUUUAUGUUGAACCUCAUUUGUAAUUAAAGACUGGCCCAGAUGGUUAAUAAUAAAUACUAAAACAAAAAUAAGUACUUGUGGGAAGGAACUGCAUUUUGUUUUGAUAUAAAACAGAAAAGACAUAAACCACAAAAAUGUCAUUUUAAAGCGGACAUCUGCAGUCAUAAGCAACUGAUUCAUCACAAUGUGAGAAUUCUGCUGCUAAUUAGUUUCCAGCUGGAACGUUGCGCUAAGGAGAAAUUCGCGCUCUAUUUUAUUUUAUUUUUUAUUUUUUGCAUUUCUAGUAGCCGUGCUUGAUUUUUUUUGUU